CCGAACGUAGAGACGAUUUCAUUGGAUGACGUCCGACUGGAGCAGACGGCUCUUUUUAUCAUCUCCCGUUGCACCACGGCGAAAGAGCAAAUAUAUACGUGUAAGUGCUCGAGAGCAGGACCGUACUAGUUUGAACAACACAGAAGACUGCGCUUCCUUACGGAGAGACGUGUGAAGGAAUAAACGAUAACAUCAGUGUCACCCCUGCUACAUAUACGGCCAGACAGAUUAAGCUGAGGAGAGACGAAGGCUCCAACCAGAAGAGUGUUUGUCGGUGACUCCACCGAGCACUUGCCCCAGUUUCUUCAUUAAUUGUGAACCCCAACGAAACAAUAACUGUUGAUCAGCUAAACACCAAGACCACUUUGACCCUACAGUAUAUCCCUCCCCCGUGCGUUGGUUUGUUUCUUUCGUUUGUCCUUAUCCCUAAAGAUGGCCACACCCAGGAGACUGUUGUGCCUGUUAUUCCCACUGGCCCUAGCGUGUUCUGUAGCGCUGGCGGCGCCGGCAGUCGAUCCUAGGUCGGCGACCACGAACACAAACGCUGCCCCCGCGCGAGGCUCGGGCUCCAAGCUCCUGUACCGGGACGCCGUGGAGGUUGUGGACAGCAUGCACGAGUUCCUCAGCACCCUGAGCGAGUUCGAGGAGGUGAAGGCCGGCGAGGGGGCGCGGGAGAAGGAGAUGAUACGCUACGGAAUCCCAGCCCGGUCUAAAAAGGAAAAAGUAGGGUUCCAAAUGCCGGGCUGGAGGAAAAGACGACGUCGCAGCACGGUGGAAGAGGACUUGGUCUCAGCUGCCUACUUUGGACAGCUGGAUGAACAAGCCAACGUCAUGGUCAAGGCAAUCCAUACGUUUUUGGAUGAUUUGCAAAAGGUCCGGCAAUUUUACGAGGGCAAGGGCGUGUACCGAGAAAGUAGGAAGUACCAUCUAGGGGACUCCAGAGGUUUAACCCAGGCAGACGGUGCAGUUCAAUCGCAGGAAUGAGGAGGAUUAACAGCGUAGGAUCGGUGAAAAAACCUUAAGCGCUUAAUUAACAUUUCUUCGUGAAGUGUUCGCGUGCAAUCAGAGGGAUGUAACAGAUUAUUUUCACCUGUGGGUGUCAUUUAUUUUCCUGGGAAGAAUGUAUAUUUGAAUUAACUUUACCAUUUGUUUGAAAUCCAAAUUGAUUUGAUUUAUGUGCUGUGGCGACUGAUCUAAAAACCGACGGUUUAUGACUCCGACGAUGAACAGCAACUCGCCAGUAUAUAUUGCAACAGUAGUCAUUGUCUAAUCAUUUGUACCAGACAAAAUUAAGGUAUAUGACUGGUUUACUGAAGGUCAGACAAUGCGGGUGAACUUGGAUGGGUUCCAAUAAUGAGGGGUUUCAGCCAAUCAACUUUAACGAGCUAACUGUUGGCUACAGCCGGCAAUGAUGCGAAGGCCUUUCGAGUCCGAAAGAGAGCCAAAAUUCUUCAAGGUUGGAUGGAAAUAAUCUGCCAAUGUGUUCGCUUCCCCUGCACAUUAUUGUCACGUAUCUUUCGGCCUUCGAGUGCUUCUGCAUUAGACAAACUUAACCUUGUGCGGAUCGUUGCUCAACCCACUUGUAGUCAAUCAUUCAAAAACAAUCAUCUUAAGGUAAUGGGACAUUUUAAAUGACUGAUCAGUCACUGUGAAAAUCAGGACCUGCGUUUUCGGACAGGAUAUUCCACUACCAUGGCUGGGAAUAGAAUAUAGCAUGAUGCUGAAACAUGAUCCCUAAGAAAGGAAAUGCUGGUUCCUUCGAGACAACCUCAGCACCCAUGUCAUUAUUGUACUAUUUUGCAGUAGUCUCGAUUAUUUUGAAUUGAAGAUUACCUUAAUACCUGACUUCUAAAUAAAGUAAGUAUAUUAGGGCUGCAUUAGACGAUGCAGGGUCAGUCGUAGGAACAACUUCCUUGUUGUGCAAUCAAUCUCUGAUCCUUAGUAAGCCUUGUUUUUCCCUUGCUUUGCAAUCCAACUAUUCAUCCUUGGUAAACCUGGGGUUUUUAGUCAGCACAAUUACAGCCCAGGAAAUAACUACACUGGCAAAAAGAUAUGGUUGUGAUCUACGUGAAAUAACAUGAUCAAUCUAAAAAUAUGGCGUUUGAAAGGGACACAUAUUUUUUAUCCACUUGUUUAAUUAAAUACUACCGUUUGACAGAUUUUAAAAAAGUGGGGAAUUAUUUCGUUUAUUAUUAUUAUUAUAAUUAUAAUUAUUUCGUUUAGUACGAAAGUACCUGCAUGUUUUAAUUGAGAAAAUCGAAAAAAGGAUAACCGUUGCAAGCUUAUGUUUAGAAAAAUAUUCCUUUGUUUCUGUUUUUUAAACUUAGAUUGGAAGUUAACUAGUAGCCUCUUGAAUUACCUAGGAAAUGAACACCUUUAAAACGACCUAACCUACAGAUUAAAUUAACAAACCAAAAACAUCACUUCGAAAAACACUAGUAUAUAUUGACACGAAGACGUACUGUAAUCGUGAAAAUUGUAAAAUACUUUUCAACUAUAUUAGUCUUUGAAUUUUAUUCUCCAUAUAUUAAUUUCUUAAACACGAACUCUGAAAUACCUGUCUGAUUUCAACAAGAGAUUCCUGUACCUUUUGUCUAUAUGUUAUUUUUCGACGAUUUCAGCACACAGUCGUAGCGAUGCGAACACAUAAAAUCUGAACUGGAACUGGAACCUACGAUGAUGAAAUGCAACUCCGUAUAUCAAUUCAGAGAAAACGAUUUAAAGUGGAGGUACUUCCGCAGAAAUUCAAAUCAACACAAAAACGAAAUCCAAGAGUCACGACAAAAGUCACACCGCUAUGUUUUCGCCGUUACAGUGAAUUAAUCCUGUAAGUGUAAUUUUUAUACCGGGCACGAAAUGGGACAGAGGACCAACACAAAGGCGGGGGGCUCUCUCUGUCCCAUGGUUUGCUUGAUAUGUCGAUUUUCAUAAGUGGGUGUUUUUGUGAUGCAUUUCUAGGGUCCAUUAAUAGUUCACAUCCUUUCUUUAUUCCCUUGAUUCUUUGAAUACAGAAUCACAAUCAGUGGUUUGUUAGGAAACCAGAAGGGAACUUGCAAUUCACAAUUUGAAGCAUUUAAUUUUUAACCCGACUCCUAGACGAUGGUUGGACAUAACGAGGCUUUUGUUUGAUGCAAAAACCGAAAAUGAAAAGAGAAAUGGUCCCUGUUCACCUUGUGUCUUUUCGCUAGCACAGGGAAACAAACAAUUACGCUAACACCACAAAAUCAUAUAAUCCACCAUCAGGGGCACUUUAUUCAUGAAAUCAUUUGCAACAGUUAGCAUUGAAAUGGACCAUUAAGUGUUUGGUGUAAACAAAUGGAUCUCUAAUUUGGGUGUGUCCGUAUAAAGAAUUGAAUCGUCUGUCCUGUCUCACAGGUGAUUUCAACUGAAAUCGUAUUUUCCUGCACCCUCAUUUCCGAUUUCCGACUUGCAGCGGUUUUUCUGAUUUUAGACCACUUCAUUUUUAAAAAUUUAUUGUGUACGUGGCUUUUAUGGUUACUCUUGAGAUUGCGAUCUGUAAUGAGAUGUCAAAGGUGCAGUGUUACAAUAUUUGCUUUGUAAAAAAAUCAGGAACAAUGUUUAUUUGUUCAUUUAAUGUGGAUACUUCCGUCAUGGGCCGAAAUAGAUUGUUAACACACUGCACUUUCAAAACAACUUAAAUAAACUAAAUACAGAGGAAGAACCUUUGGUUCUCGUCCUUGUUAAUACUUUUGAGAGGUCAGAGGUAUUAAUUAUCAUUUACACUAUAAAAAAAUAUUUGCAGCUUUAUAGUAUUUAGUUAUGUAACAUUUCUCUUUGCCUUACAUAAUAAUCAGUAUGCUACAAUAGUUACAUAGCCUAACUCUUAAAUAUUAUAUUGACAGCCGAUCGAAAAGACCAUCUGCUUGUUUCUGACACUGGAGACAAUUUAAAAACUGUAGAUGGUGACAGUCUUAGACUUUAAAAUGACUCAAAAGGGGACAUAUCAACUCGACCGAUAGACAUUAGUAGCUUGACAUAUCAAGAUCACUAAAAAUACGAUCUGUACGCUUUAACAUUUAAACAGAAUCUUGGGCUGUAGGUUUCUCAACAGAAUGCUAUCACUGCGCCAAUCUAGUUUUUAGCCUUAGUGGAACAGCGAGAUCAAAUAAAUGAAAUAUGGCAUGUUAUUUAUUUAA